AUGUCAACACGACAUCUACUCACUCUUCCCAACGAAAUUCGCAAUCACAUAUGGGCUUUCGUCUUCUCUGAUCAACAUGUGGUGCCUACUCAAAACACCUUCGGAGUCCAGGAAUUGGGGUGCGAAACCUGUGCUGCCGAUGGACACCCGUUGCCUCUAACAAUGAAACAGACCUUCGAGCCGCUGCUGACUUGCAGGCAAAUGUUCCAGGAGGCAGUACACAUUCUACAAUCCUCAAUGACAGUUGAAUUGCGAAAGGGGAUACUAGACUUUUCCUGGCUGACAUGGCCUAUCCAGCCCAUCAAUCACAAAGUUCGGUGCCUAAUCCUGUGGGCGCACAUCCACCAGGACAACAAAAACCAAUGGGGGUCUGGUAUCUCCCUUAUCGGAAGAGCAUUCCCGAACCUCGAGGAACUGGUGAUACACGCACAUAUGCGCCCUCCAGAGAACUACCAGUUAUUGUCCGACGCAAUAGCCCUUGCCGCGCCUAUCGUGCGUUUGGGCCGAGACAAACGCGACACCAAAGUCACCUUGAACUUCAACUAUUCUUGUCACCGCGUGAUUAUUGAUAGCCCUGAACUUGGGAGGAUCACAACGGAUGACUCGGUCGAGGAGCAUGAACUCGUGUUGCAAGACCUUAUCGAAGAUGAUGCUUUCGUCGAAGCGGUACUGGCACAAGACGAGGACGAACAAGCAAUGGCCGCAGCGUUAUUGCGAGUUGUACAAUCUCAUCAGCAGCCUUGGUUUGAGAAAUUGGGCCGACGCCGAGAACAACAGCGUCGACAACAGGAGCAACAGGAGCAACAGGAGCAGCAGACGGAAUAA